GGCGGCGGCGGCGGUGCCCGGAUGGAGGCACGUCAUUGUCCCCCGCCGGGCGGCUGGGCUGUGUGCGGCGGCGGCGGCGGCGGCCGAGGGGGAUGGAGCGAGCGCCGAGCCGGGUCAGAGUUGAACAAUGACCAUAGUUGACAAAGCUUCUGAAUCUUCAGACCCUUCAACCUAUCAGAAUCAGCCUGGCAGCUCUGAGGCAGUCUCACCUGGAGACAUGGAUGCAGGGUCUGCCAGCUGGGGUGCUGUGUCUUCAUUAAAUGAUGUUUCAAAUCACACGCUUUCUUUAGGACCAGUACCUGGUGCUGUAGUGUAUUCAAGUUCAUCUGUACCUGAUAAAUCAAAACCAUCACCACAGAAGGAUCAAGGUCAAGCCCUAGGUGAUGGCAUUGCUCCUCCACAAAAAGUUCUUUUCCCCUCUGAGAAGAUUUGUCUUAAGUGGCAGCAAACUCACAGAGUUGGAGCUGGGCUCCAGAAUUUGGGCAAUACUUGCUUCGCCAAUGCAGCAUUGCAGUGCUUAACGUACACGCCGCCUCUCGCCAAUUACAUGCUAUCGCACGAACACUCCAAGACAUGUCAUGCAGAAGGAUUUUGUAUGAUGUGUACAAUGCAAGCACAUAUCACCCAGGCACUCAGUAAUCCUGGGGAUGUUAUUAAACCAAUGUUUGUCAUUAAUGAGAUGCGGCGUAUAGCUAGGCACUUUCGUUUUGGAAACCAAGAAGAUGCCCAUGAAUUCCUUCAAUACACUGUUGAUGCUAUGCAGAAGGCGUGCUUGAAUGGCAGCAAUAAAUUAGACAGACACACCCAGGCUACCACGCUUGUUUGUCAGAUAUUUGGAGGAUACCUAAGAUCUAGAGUCAAAUGUUUAAAUUGCAAAGGCGUUUCAGAUACUUUUGACCCGUAUCUCGAUAUAACACUGGAGAUCAAGGCUGCUCAGAGUGUGAACAAGGCGCUGGAGCAGUUUGUGAAGCCCGAGCAGCUGGACGGCGAGAACUCGUACAAGUGCAGCAAAUGUAAAAAGAUGGUUCCAGCUUCAAAGAGAUUCACCAUACACAGAUCCUCCAAUGUUCUUACACUUUCUCUGAAACGCUUUGCAAAUUUUACCGGUGGAAAAAUUGCUAAGGAUGUAAAAUAUCCUGAAUAUCUUGAUAUUCGACCAUACAUGUCUCAACCAAACGGAGAACCGAUUAUUUAUGUUUUGUAUGCAGUACUGGUACACACUGGUUUUAACUGCCACGCCGGCCAUUACUUCUGCUACAUAAAGGCGAGCAAUGGUCUCUGGUAUCAGAUGAAUGACUCCAUCGUAUCCACCAGUGAUAUCAGAUCGGUACUCAGUCAGCAAGCGUAUGUUCUCUUUUAUAUCAGGUCCCAUGAUGUGAAAAAUGGAGGUGAACUUACUCAUUCCACCCACAGCCCCGGCCAGUCCUCUCCCCGACCUAUAAUCAGUCAGCGCGUCGUCAAUAACAAACAGGCCGCGUCAGGGUUCAUCGGACCACAGCUUCCUUCUCACAUGAUAAAGAACCCACCUCACUUGAACGGGACCGGACCCUUGAAAGAAACACCCAGCAGCUCCAUGUCGAGUCCUAAUGGGAAUUCCAAUGUCAGCAGGGCUGGUGCUGUUAACGCUUCAACUUCUGUUCAGAACUGGUCAGUUACCAGGGCCUCCGUUACCCCGGAGCAUCCCAAGAAACAAAAAAUCACCAUCAGUAUUCACAACAAGCUACCUGUCCGCCAAGGUCAGUCUCAGCCUAACCUUCACAACAAUUCUUUGGAGAACCCUACCAAGCCUGUUCCCUCUUCUACCAUUACCAAUUCUUCUGCAAUACAGUCUACCUCGAGUGCACCUACCACGUCAGUUCCCAGUAAAGUCACAAAGCAGACGGCCCCGACUGAGUCCUGCUCCAAGCCAGUGAUGAACGGCAAGUCCAAGCUGAACUCCAGCGUCCUGGUCCCCUACGGUGCCGAGUCAUCGGAAGAGUCUGACGAGGAGGCCAAGGGCCUCGGCAGGGAGAACGGGCUCGGUACGGUCGAGAGCACGACCUCUUCUGCUCUGGAGGCUGAAGAUGACGAGGCCUCUCAGCAUGAGCUUCGAGAGCCUGUGACUCUCAAUGGUGCUAAUGCCAGUGCAGACAGUGACCCCAGAGAAAACGGUCUGUCCUUGGAUGGUGCCGGUUGCCAAGCCCAGCCUGACCUGCACUCAGAAAACCCCUUCUCGAAGGCCAAUGGUCUCCCUGGCAAGUUGAUGCCCGCUCCUUUGCCACCUCUUCCGGAAGACAAAACCUUAGAGACUUUCAAACUCGGCAACAAAGGGAAAGGCUCGACAGAUGAGACAAGUGCACCUGGAACAGACGGAAGCCAGACGGAGCAUCCUGAGGCGGGGCUGGAGCCUAGCAGCCCCGCUCCUGACUCCCGGGAGGCACUGGAGACAGCCCCGGGUCUUAGCAGCAAAUUAAAGAAGGCUUCGCCGCUCCCGGACCCCGGCAUCAAAUCUACCAAAGAACAAGUCUCUGAAAGCAUUUCCGCGAAACCCGAGGAGUCUGUGCCCAGCGUCCCCCAUCUUUGUAGCGCCAACAAGAGCACCGUCGGGGACGAUCACCUCUCUAAACUGUGCGACCCUGGGGAUCUCCCCGGGGAUGAGAGCAGAGCACCCCAGGAUGCAGCAGGGGCGCUUACAGAGAGUCCCCGGGACUCGGCGGCAGCGGAAGCCACGGGGAGGUCGAGCCCGAGUCCCUCGGCGUGUUCCGAGGGUGCCGGUGAGCAGGACCCCUCCGUUCGCAGCAGCCGAGACCAGUGCCCGGAUGCGGAAGACGUUCCCAAAGGCCCAGACGUUUCUGACGUCUCGGGGGCGCCUACGGACGAGCUGCCUUCUUCCCCGUUGGACAGAGUCACGGAAAACCAUGCCGAAGGGCUCGGGGCUCCCGAACAAAGCCCCGCCGAGCCCUGCGAGGAAAGCAAGGCUGGGCAGACAGGCCAGGCCCGGUCCCCGGUGAAGGAGAAGAUCGGCAGCCUCCGAAAAGUUGACCGAGGACAUUACCGCAACCGGAGGGACCGCUCCUCCAGCGGGGAGCACGCGCGGGACAGCCGGAGCGAGACGGAGGACCGUUCCCGCCGGAGGCGGCACUCCUGCACGCGCGCGCGCACCCCGCAGGGCCGCUCCCGGCCGGAGCGCUGCAGCGGGGGCCCGCACCACGCCUGCCAGCACCGCGGCCUGGCCAGGCACCGCCACCACCACUCCCGGAGCAGAGGCGGGUCCGACCAGGACUGGAGCAGGUACCGCCACUCGGAAAGCGAGCACUCCUGGGGCCGGGAGAAGUACUGCCUGGACAGAACGAGGUGGGACAAGUGCAGGUAUUACCACGACAGGUACGCCCCGUACACGGCCAGGGAGGCGUGGGAGUGGAGGCCUUCGCACGGGGACCGAGACUAUGACCGAGACCAUGACCGGGUGGGCCAGUACGGCGGCCGGCCAUACAAGGACUACUACAAAAGCAGGAAGGGCUACGAGCUGGUUGCCAAAGAGAGGGAACGGCACCACUUCAGCGGCCCCCGCGGCCCCCCCCACGCCCCGCCGCCCUACCCCGGGAAGUACGCCGAGAAGAUUGCACUCGCCCCUGAAGGCGGCAGCGGUCACCUCGCUGAUCGCUUUCACGACCACGAAAAUGUGAAGUCACACAAACGGAGGUACGACAGCGUAGACCAUAGUGACACCCACGUAGAAAAGAAAGCCUGGAGAAGCUUACAGCGGGACCCUUCAGAAGAACCUAAAGCGAAGAAGCACAAAAAAUCAAAGAAGAAAAAGAAAUCCAAAGACAAACACCGAGAGCGAGACUCCAGGCACCAGCAGGACUCGGACCUCUCGGCAGCAUGCUCGGACGCUGACCUCCACAGACACAGGAAGAAGAAGAAGAAAAAGAAGAGGCACUCAAGGAAGUCAGAGGACUGUGGGCGAGACUCAGGACUGCACUUAGCGAAGGCCGCCAGCUCUGAGGCUCUUGACCGUUUCCGGAGAGCCGACGGCAGCCCCCGCCUCACCGACGGCCUGCCUCUGGAAGGCGUUGGACCUUUCCGUGAGAAAACAAAACGUUUAAGGAUGGAAAGCAGGGAUGACAGGUGUCAUCUGUCUGAGUGUGGCCAGGGUGACUGAAAGCUUGGCCUCAAACAAAGAAUUCACUAGUUAUGAUUCAACAUGUUCAACAGAAGCCAUCCCCAACCCAGCUUAAAUUAUAAACAUAGAAAAUAACUUUGUUCCAAUCUGCGUGGUGCUUCUUUAGUAAAUACUGUACAGAUUUUACCAUGGAGAACUUUUUUUUUAGUUUUUACCUUUUCUUAAUUACCCUUAUUCCAAAUGGACGAACACUUUCUACAACUGCUGAGCAUUGUAAAAUACGUGUAUAUAAAUCACAUUAAAAGUGACGCCCUGGACUAGAACAUCUCAAUGCUGCUUAAUCACAGACUCAGGUUGAUCUCUCGUAUUCCAUGUAAUGCUCCUCCAAGUCAGACCUCCGGUGCGAGGCCAGCCGGGACCUGGGAUUGUCAAGUACAAACAGCUGACAGCGCGUAUUUAAUUUAAAGACGAGUUAACGCUCCGCGGCUCUCAGCUGACUCGAGAGCAGUGUUUUCUGUAAUGUCUGAGGCUAGACACGAACGUGCUUCAUGUUUCCGUUUAUUCCGGAUUGGAAGGUGUGUUUUACAGACGAGUUCUGUUGUGGAACUUUGUGGAACUAUUCCAAUCAACUUACCCGUUAUGAUGAGUAUUUACAUUAUGAAUGUAUAAUCCAGACAUUAUUUGUAAAGCCUACAGUACGUUUUUUAUUACAUAACACUUUUUAUACAGUUUCUCUUGUCUUGACUAUAAUAUUGGAGUCUGAGUUAUCAGCUUGGUCCCUGAAAAGUUUCUAGUUACAGACAAAAUCAUACUGUGAUUUUAUUUUUAAUAUGGAUAUGCUAUCAAACUGUGAUACACUUAUAAUUCACUGGUCCUGCAUCAGGAGACGGAGUGGGGACAACUGUAUUUAAUACAGUUCGUAUCUGAAUAAUCUGUAUGGUUUAUACAGUUUGUGUUGUUCAGAGAUGUCUAAAGUUUGAUCUUUGUUUUUUUAAAGAUUGAAAAAGCACUUGCCCCACUGUAAAUAUACAGCAUGUAAAAUUUAUAUAGUAUAUAAAUGGCAGCAAAUUAAA